AUGCGUUUCUCCGCCGCUACCCUUCUCGUCACCGCGCUGGGCUGGGCCUCCGCCGCGACCGCACACACCAUCCAACUGAAAGCUCACUCCCGCGAAUGCUUCCACGAGACUCUGCACAAGGAUGACCUGAUGACCGUAACCUUCCAGGUCGGCGACCGCGAGUUCGGAGGAAGCGGAAACCUUGAGAUUGACUUCUGGGUCGAGGACCCCCUGAGGAACCGCCAGUAUUACAAGCAGGCUGUCUCCAACGAAGACUACUCGUUCACCGCACACGCCGACGGCAAGUACAACUACUGCUUCAGCAACGAGGGAUGGACCUCAAACUCGAAGGAGGUCUCUUUCAACGUCCACGGCAUUGUUUACGUUCCUGAAUCCGAGAUGUCGCAGGACCCGCUGGAAGCUGAAGUCCGCAAACUUUCCGACGCCCUUGCACAGGUCAAGGAUGAGCAGGGAUACAUUGUUGUUCGAGAGCGCGUGCACCGGAACACAGCCGAGAGCACCAACGGUCGAGUCAAGUGGUGGAGUAUCUGCCAGUUGGCUGUGGUUAUUGGCGAGGGUGUUUUCCAAGUGUGGUGGUUGAAGAGAUUCUUUGAGGUCAAGCGCGUCGUUUAA